GUUACUUUGUUGACGGUGUUUGGAACAAGUUUGUUCCGGGAAAGAAGAGAAGUGAUGCCGCCGAGUAAAAGUCUCUUCGCGCCUUUCAUCUCAGUGGAGCCGGAGGGAGGAGUCGGCCCCGCGGCCCCGGCGGCUCUCCACGCCGACAUCCAAGCUCUGCUGCAACGGAGCCGCGCGCAGGAGCGAGCGGGGUCAGAGCGCACCAGACGUGGCUGCGACCACCGAGACGCCCCGUGCGCCAUCGUGGAGCUCCGGCUGGGCCCGAGCGGCGGCGCGCUGCACUAUCUCCAGCCGGACAAGUGCGCUCUGGAGCGGGCGCAGAGACGGAGACGCCUCGCCGCCAACGCCCGGGAGAGGAGGAGGAUGCUGGGGCUUAACGUCGCCUUCGACCGGCUGCGGAGCGUCAUCCCCAACCUGGAGAGCGACAAGAAGCUCUCCAAAUCUGAGACGCUCCAAAUGGCGCAGAUUUACAUCGCCACCCUCAGCGAGCUGCUCCAGGAGGGCGCGUGCGGAGCUUCGGUGCUAACCCGCGCACCACGGGCCCCGGGGCCCGCUCCGCACUCACAGGGGACCACAGCGGCAGCAGGGGAGCCAUCAGGGCCCAUCAGGGACUGUCACACCGGGAGGAGCAGCGGAGGCCCGGCGCGCACAGACGAGAAGCAGAGGAAUUAUAAUGAGGACAUGUGGGAGAGAAACAGCGGGACCAAAUGACUUUUAUAAACUGAGUGAACUUUUAAAAAUGAGACUUUUUUCUACAAGAAUGUCACUGUUUGUUUUCUGUAGUGCAUUUUUCAUUAUUUUCAUUAUUUACUGGCAAAGAGUUGUAUCUGUCUGAGAAGUGCUGGACCUGUUGUUGAGUGAAAACAUUUGUUUCUUGCAGCAGCACAGAGACCAUGAAUUUAUGAUGUUGUAUUAUUAUUCAAUAAGUCUUUUUCCCACUGUGACCAAACUGUCUGUAGCAGAGUUCCUCUGAAAGAAAAAAACCCUGCAGAAAUGUUUUCUGAUAAUCUGACCAAAGUUCAGAAGAUUUUGAGAAAUGAGAGAAAAGACAGACGGAGCAGGGAGUACUGAA